AUCGCCGGGCUCGUCUCGUCGCUGCGGCCUGGAGCGAGCGCCGCGAUGGCUCCGGCCGCCGACCGGGAGGGUUAUUGGGGCCCGCCGACCUCCACCUUGGAGUGGUGCGAGGAGAACUACGCCGUCUCCUACUACAUCGCCGAGUUCUGGAACACAGUGAGUAACCUGAUUUUCAUUCUACCUCCAAUCUAUGGUGCGAUUCAGACCUAUAAAGAUGGCCUUGAAAAACGGUAUUUAGCUGCAUAUUUGUGUCUCACAGCUGUGGGACUGGGAUCUUGGUGCUUCCACAUGACCAUGAAGUAUGAAAUGCAGCUGUUGGAUGAACUGCCAAUGAUAUACAGUUGCUGCGUGUUUGUCUACUGCCUGUAUGAAUGUUUCAAGUACAAGAACACAGUCAAUUAUCCGCUGCUUUUCUUGUUAAUAACAUACAGCUUCGUAGUCAGCAUAGUUUACUUAAAUUUGAAAGAGCCUGUAUUCCAUCAGAUCAUGUAUGGAACGCUAGUUUCCAUUAUAGUUCUACGAUCUGUAUAUAUAGUAUUAUGGGUAUACCCAUGGCUUAGAGGUCUGGGCUAUACAUCUUUAACUGUAUUCUUAAUGGGUUUUUUCCUCUGGAACGUGGACAACAUUUUCUGUGAUAAAUUGAGGGCACUACGAGAGAAGAUGCCUCCUGUUGUGGGAGCUGUGACACAGUUUCAUGCUUGGUGGCAUAUACUUACAGGCCUGGGCUCUUACCUUCAUAUCCUUCUGAGUCUAUACACAAGGACACUUUUUCUGAAACACAGGCCAAAGGUGAAGUUUGUUCUUGGAAUAUGGCCUAUUCUUCUUGUGGAGCCGCCCAAGAAGCUUUGACUGAGAUCUAGGCAGUUGCAUUCAACCACCUAGCCUGGCUGAAUAGAUUCAACAGUUGAAGUGUCAAAAUUAUGGAUCAAUUCAAGUACCACUGCUAUAAAAGGACUUCUCUGUGUUACUUGGUCUCCUAGCAAGGCCAAAGUGAAGAGUCGACACAUUAGGGAAAUAACAUUUAGUAUGGUUUUAUUCUAAGUUGUUAAAAAAAAAAAAGACACAAUAUUUUUAUGUAUAUAUUGUAUAGCUGAUGAUACUGAGCUAAUAUUUCGUGCUGGUCACAGAAAACUAACCAUUUUUGAAGUGGAUUGCAUACAUUUUUCGUUCAGUUGUUGUUCUUUCUGUGGUUUAAGCUAAUAUUAGUAACUGAAUGAUAAAAACAGGCCGUUGCUGGCCAAGCUAAGCAUCUGUGUGGCCUAUAGUGAACUGACUGCUUAAUCUGAACAACUUUAAUCUUGCACUUCUAUACAGUUAAUGAAGUAUAUAAUGAUUUAGGGCUUUAUUCUGUCUUGUUUCUCCACAGCCUCAUUAGCAAUUUAUAUUUUAAGCAAAAAAGGUUGGGAUACAUAGUGCCAUUUACUUUAUUUUGCACCAGAUUUCCAUUUUCUCUUUAGUCCAACUGAGAUGAACCAUGGAGGAUGUUCCAGGAUGCGAUCAAGAGAAGAUACUUAAGAUGGUGGAACCUUUAUAAGGGUUCUCGUUUGGUGUAUGGAACCUGAAUUCCUAGUUUUUGACCAGUAGUGAUCUGUCAGGAGUCUGCAGGGUCCGUUGGGUAACUGUACAUGUAAGUACAGUUUGGGCAUGUAAGUAUUACAUGCCUCUGUUUUCUCUCCCCAUAUUCCAUUCCUACUACAGAUUCACAACCACUUUAGAAAUAUGCUAAUGCAGUUUUGAAUUCAUGUCUUUCCCUUAUUUUGCAAGUCUUAAAUAUUGGUCUGACUUCCAAAAGCAUCUUAUUUUUCAGAAAUAUUGAACGAAGCGUAAAAAACAAGACUUACAUUGAGGAUAUUCCAAUAUAAAAUUGGCAGCUCUUUGAUUCUUCUUAAUCCCAUGAUGCAGUUACUCUGUGGAAAGAUUGAGAUCAUUCCUCGUGACCAUCUCUUCUAGAACAAAACCUUUGGGUCUUCACUGGGGACAAACCCUCUGGUUUCUGCAUAUUUUUUUCUACCUAGCCAAUCAAAAUCGAUAAGUAAGCAUAAAGAAAACAUUAAAACACAGUUUUUCAAAAGAUACCUCAUAUCAGAGGCUGUGGUUUUGACUUUCCAGACCUUGGGGUUACUUAUGGAGCCUGUUUCCCACAUCACAAAGCCCUGGCUAGCAUAAGUUUCCUUGCUUUGCUGAAAAGUCAGACUGAAGUCUGUAUUGUAGGAUCAGUGCUAACUAAAAUUGUCUCUUCUCUUUAAUAUGUGUUUGUUUCUGCUUGGAGCUUAACUCUAUCCUCCCUGUACGUUGGUAGCACCCCUAGUGAUGCGAAUCUCCAUGCAAAAUCAUGGCUCUUGGUCAUAGUGACUGACCCCUGACCCUUAGAAUUGAAUAGACCCAAACACAGCACUAGAAAAAGAUGCUUAAUUCUCGGUGGUGCAGUGAGGUUUAAGUACAUGCUGAGAACAGUGCAUUUCAACCUGUAAUCCACAAAUCACUAUAAGGGUCCCUGAAUGAUAAGUUUAAAAAAUAUCUGUUACCAGUAGGCUUUAGUUCCAUAGGCAAGGUCUGCCUCUGUGCUGGACAAUUGGAGGACUGAAAGAGGUUGAAACAACUAGCACAGAGGUAGGAAAAUGCUGUCUUGGAUCAGGUGCCUUUAAUUACCCAGAAGGAGUAUUUUUGGUAAAGAGAUUUGAGAACUGUUUUAAAAAUGUAGCUUAAAAAAAGUGCCUGCCUGUUCAUCUCCAGGUUCUCCCAAGCAUGCUGUUGCUUCUGCACACUAUGUUUGAUUUUUUUUUCCCGUUAUUUAGUGUGUUUACAUGCUUUCCUAAACUAAGGAAAAGAGCUCCAUAAUAGGAGUGGUGCAGCAACUAGAGAUAUGAACAGUCACUAGUGAUAUCUGCUUAGCAUGGUAUUAUUUUUUUUAAAAAAAAAAAGAACAAACAAACAAACCCUGUGUUUCAGUGGCCUUCAUGGAGCAUUUGGGGGAUCUGUUUGACUUAUCUGUAAUUGCAGUAACUAUGGUGUAGUAGGAAGCCACUUUCUUAGUCACAAGGCAUCCCUACAACAGUGUAUUUUAAAGAAGUUUAUUGAUUGUCUUACACACUUGCAACAAGGAGGUAUAUGUUUCUUUUCAGAUCUUGUUGAAUUAAGUUGUCAAGAUUUUUUUAUGCAAAUUGGAAGAGCUCUUGUAUUAAUAUUAUGCUGCUGCUAGAUUUUCGUUCAGAAAUCAUUUCUCACUUAACGUUUUUAUCUUAAAAAACAUUAUACAGGUUGGGUUGUUCUUUCAUUAUAAAUGACUGAAAUGUGCACACUUCUGCCACCUUUCCAGUAGUGUUUUUUUCAAGUUGUGUUAGUUCCUGAAGAAUGUAAUUUAUGUGUAUAUCCUUUUAAACAUAAAUAAUCUAAUUAUAGGUCUUUGGGUUUUCAGCCUUACUAAACUUGUAAGUGUUAUUGAAAGUGUGGCAAGCCAGUUUUAACUUUAUGUCACUGAAUUUCAGACUACCUUUUCUAGUGCCUGGAAAGAUGUAAAUCCUUUCUCCUGUAUUUUGUUAGAUGUCUGUUAAAUUGUUCUUUAUUUAUAUCACUUGUAUGAGGUGCUGUUUUUUCUAAGAUCCUUGGAGCAGCAUAUCCCAAACCUGUCAUGUACUACAUCUUUCAAGGUGGGUCAUCCUUGAUCCUGUAUUUUGAGUGGGAUAUAGUCAACAGCUACUUAAAAGGAAGUAGCAGGUGUCUUUUAACAUGAAUCCUAUAGCAUGUGUUGAACAGACUGAAUCACAGCAAUGAACUCUUCUGUUCCUUAACAUACGUGAAGAACCAGAAAAUUUGUCACCAUCUGACCAUCAGGUUGGCACAGAUCAGCAGCAAGUAGUUCUGCACACCAUGAUCUGAAAACUUCUUCCUUGGAAAUAACAGAAAAAUCUCACAAGGACUCUCACAGUGCAGGUCAACACCGUACCUUACUCCAGGAAUCAGGAUUUUCUGGAUAGAGCUCAAGACAGGCAUUAUCAACUGAGGAUGAGACAUGUUAAACAAAUCUGCCAUCAGGAAGAAUCUCAUCUGUGUUUUGAAGGCAGUGUUAGAAGCUGGCUAGCAGUAUUAGUCAUCUCUGGACCUCAUUUUAAUGCUCUUUCUUUUAGCACAAGGGAGAUACACUACCAGCAAGUGUUUAGAAAACUACCCUAGAGUUAGAAUUGGAAUAUGCAGUCUAUCACUUGCCGAUCUACCUCUGUCACGUGUUGUACAAUACCUGUGCCCUUAAUUACGUCUGCUUGUAAAGGGCAGACGUUAGAGCAGCCUAACUUAGGACAUUCAACCCCAGAGGUUUGCAACAGUAUUGUAUUGAUCUGUGGCUGAUUCUGUACACUCUCUAAAUGUAUUGCCUUGUCCCACGUCUCUGACUUUUAGGUUGCACUCGGUCCAUUUUCAUCUGCAUGCAGAAUUCUGACUGCUGUAGAAAGAGACAUGAGCAGAAGGUUUUUAGUUCAGGACAGCUGAAGUCUUUUUGGCAAUAUUGUUAAGUUGGAUUUAAUGCUAAGAUACAAACAUUGUACAGCUUUUUUUUGAUAUGUGACAUGUUAAGAGAUGUGAUGGGAAAAACAGUUCUAUAAUUAAUUUUAAUUCUUUUUUGAGCUAGUAUUGUGCUGUGUUUAUUCCCAGAUCUGUCUUAUUUGGCUGAAAGAAAAUUGUAUGAUUUGAAACACAGUUGAUUCUUUUUGGCUUUGGUGCAUAUGCUUCCAGCACCUAGUUCUUAACAGUUAAAUGACUUCUUCAGCUAGCUCUCCCAUGUGAAACUGAGCAACAGAAGAUCCCCCCAGUAUCACUUUAUGUUUCUCACAGUUAGUGCCACUUCUAGUUUGCAUUGAACAAUUUUGGUAGUACAGUUUUUAAAUCUGUUUCUCUCCAUGAAUGUAUUCUUGGCAUUUGAUGGCAGAUGAUGAAGUGAUUCAGUAAACACUAUUUAUUGGAAGGCAAACUGUAAUGAAGCAGCAUUGCUUUUGUCUUCAGUCGAGCUGUGAAUCUAGAAACACGUCUUCAUUUUGAUGGCCUGCAUGCCCCAUCAUUUUAAUUAACAUAUUCAGGUGAAACGAUUGGUUUACUUUAGAAAAACCCUCUCUCCCUGUCUACACUUUACAGUAGGCAGUGGGAGGCUUUAAAUGCAAAGUACUAUUUAACUGUGGGACCUUAUUAUGAACAAGGAUAAACGAUGGAAUCUUUAUUACCCAUGAGAAGUGAAAGCCAGAAGGAGAUUAAUAAAUUUUACAUGGAAAGAGAAUAACAAGAGAUUAAGCACAGAAUCCUGUAGACUUACGUCAGCCAUCCCUCUGAUGAUAACUGCACUUUUUAUGUACUUAUGUAACAAGCUUGAAUGUUCUGUUAUUUAUACAUUUAACUUCUAAUGCUGAUUCUGCACUCCUUUCCAUAGAGGUCAUGAAGACAAUAUAUCACAUUUGGUUCAUUAUAGAUUAUUCAACUGUUGUUUUGUGUGUGUGGAACAUGACAUAGAUUGUUGGAUACAUGAAAGAAAAUGUUUCUUACGCAUCUGGAGUUUUCUCUGCUAGCUUUGUUUGAGAGUCCAUAAUAUAACUACAGAGAAUAUACAGCGUAACUAUGAAGACUGCUUUGGAUUUUGUUUGUUCAGUGUCUUGCUCACAACUGCCUGCUGCUGCCAAGUGCCUGAUCUCUCUGUCACAACUUUUUCCCAGGAGUAGACUGUAUUUUCUCUUGGGACCCACAGGCAAGGUCCUUGGCAGUUGCUGGUUUGUGGGGUUUUUUUGUUAAAAGUGCUCCUACUGCAAGAGUGACCGUGCUCCACUUAACUACAUUUCUGGAAGGCAGCUAUGGCUGUCUCUGCUCGGCUCAAACCAUGUGCACAGCUUCCCUCCAUCCCAGAUGUUGUUGCAUCCUUUCAGACUUUGAAAGCUGGAUGAGGGAUUUAGCCUCACAGCUGCUGUUUAUUUUAGCAAGUAUAGCUCAGUGAGCAGCAGUUUGAGGGCACAGCAGUCAGUCAAGCACUUUAUGCAGAGCCCCAUUCUGGAGCUCCCAGCCAAAUACUCCAGGCAGUUUGUACGUGUAAUUUAGAAGGCAGAAUUGACACCUGAAUCUCUUGCUUUGCUUCAGAACUCUUCGUUUUUCACAUUUUGAAGGUGUUUAGAUUUGUUUUGUUUGAACAUGUAAUUGCAGAUUUAAGACAAGCCAGAUUCAGAAUCCAGCUAAUGCAAAACCUAAACCUUUUUUUGCAGAGUUGAAUACACACAUCUGUCUGAUGUUGAGAGCAGAGAGUUAAAAUUUUAAAAAUACAAAGUUAAAAACUCCCUGGAUUAUCUGCCCUUCAUCACCAAAAUAUUGAAGCAUAGUUGUAAGCACUAUCUCAACUUCAUCCUUCUUUCCCCAAACCCCUGGAACAUACUAUGUUCCUUCAAAGCAAAUGUUGACUAGAGAUGGGCUUUCACACAUGCACAUGACAAAUCAUGUAUCAAAUUGUUUCCUGAAGUAAAGCCUUGAUCAGUGGUUGUAAAAGAAUUUAGGCUGUAGGUAGUAUUGCUCCCUAGAUUUGGGAAGAAAGAAUCUCCAAGAAUAUGAACACUAGUUACUCCUUAGACUGAACAGAAACAGAUUUUUCUCUUGAUCUUCCAAAUUAACGCUGGCUAUUUGUUAACUAUUGAACUUAGCUUAAUGCACUGAUGAUGCCUUGUUUACUGUUUUAGGAAAUAACAUUUGUCCAGCUAUAACGGACAUGAAAUAGCCUGCUCAUUACGUGACCAAACUUUCUUACACUGACACUAUUACUUUUAAUGUAUUUCUUUUUUUCCGAAAUUCAGUAUAUUGUUGCUGAUAGGUAGAUACACUGUGACAGAUAAAUAGCAGCUGACUUGUAAAACACAGUGCAUUAAGCAAUGUUUAUUGAAAAUUUUGAUAUACUAAUUCUUCGUGCCAGACAAACUGGUAACUAACACUAGGCUUGUACGUAUCAGCGUAUCUCGUUUUGCAAAGCACAGUAGCUUUGAGAUAUUUAAUGUAUUUGAUUUGUUAGUCAUGUGGCAGUCAAGCACUAAUUUGUGUCUUUAUAGUUCAAAUUAUUAAAGAAUUUUGUUUUAAAUA